AUGGGGGAUUCUUUAUGUGACAAUAAUGGAAUGUUGUUAAUUUAUGUGAGGGAUAAAAGAAAUAAAUUAGUUUAUAAGGGAGAUUCAAACAUUGGUACUCUCCCAACUCUCCAAAUUUUUCCCAAAGGAAUAUACUACAACCUCAUGGGUUCGUAUCCACUGAAUCAUUAAACAAUGCUUUCUUCUAAUUAUUUUCUUUUUGGUAAGGGAAGUUGGGAGUUUAUGGAUUAGUACAUUAAUUUCUCUUAAUAUCCUAGUGAUGGUAUAAUUGAAGUUAACAGUAUAGACUAGAGAAUAGAUCAAAACGAGAUCUCAAACAAAAAUUUCGAUCAUCAAGAUUUUUUGAGAUAUCUUGUGCGACACAACCAGUCCAGUUUCAGUAUAAACCACCCAAAUAGCAUACCUAUAUAUUCUGAUUUAAAACAAAUAUUCUUUUCUA